AAUAACACUACAUUCGUCUGUCAGCUGCCUCCCUCCCUCGGAAGCUUAAACCUCACAAAACCCUCGACGGAGAAAUUUAGGGUUUUACUACAUAUACACACAAUCCUAAUCAACUUUUACUGAUUUUUUGGAGCAUAAAUUGAGAAAAAGGAAUUGCAAUGAACAAUCUUAAGUUAUCAUGGGAGGUGUCAUCGACGCUGCAGUUACAGUCGGAGAAUGGAGAAGAAGUCCUGCAGUUAUUGGCCAUGGACAUGGAGCGCAACCGCCUUUUUUUCUCAUCAUCCGCAAAUUUUAUAUACGCCACUCAAAUUCCGUCACCUCAAAUUGCAGGAGCAUGGAGUAAAACCUUGUUACCUGCUUUUGUUCAGCUCAUUGAUUUAGAAAGUGGAGAUUUCAUUACUUCCUUGGAAUAUCUUAUGGAAAAGGAAGCCUUGAUCAUUGGAACUUCUUUUGGACUUCUGUUACUUAAUAAUGUGGAUGAUAAUGCAACAGAAAUUGUUGGCCGAGUGGAAGGUGGUGUAAAGUGCAUCUCUCCUAGUCCAGAUGGAGAUCUGCUUGGUGUAAUUACUGGUUUUGGGCAGAUUUUAGUGAUGACUCUUGACUGGGAUGUACUGUAUGAAAUAGCCCUUGAUGAUCUUCCCGAGGACGUUCACGUACGAAUCGACAUUUUCUUCUAACUAUUCAUUUGGAAGUCCUAUUUCAUGGAGAGGGGAUGGGAAAUUCUUUGCGACACUGAGCAAAGUGCAUGAUUCUUUUCCUUUGAGUAAGAAGCUUAAAGUUUGGGAACGUGAAUCUGGGACACUCCAUUCUGUCUCAGAAUUAAAGCCCUUUAUGGGAUCAGCUGUAGAUUGGAUGCCGAAUGGAGCAAGAAUUGCCACCGUUUAUGAUCGAAAGGAAGAGAAGCAAUGUCCAUCCAUAGCUUUCUUUGAGAGAAACGGUUUAGAAAGAAGCUCAUUCAGUAUCAAUUUAGGAACUGAUGUGACCAUAGAAAUCCUUAAAUUUAACUGUAACUCAGAGCUUCUUGCUGCCGUCAUCAGAGGUGAAACAUUUGACACCAUCAAGAUUUGGUUAUUCAGUAAUAAUCAUUGGUACUUAAAGCAAGAGAUCAGAUAUUUAAAGCAGGAUAUGGUUAAGUUCAUGUGGGAUCCAACAAAGCCAUUACAGUUGAAUUGUUGGACUCUUCAUGGCCAGAUUACAACUUACAAGCUUUUCUGGGUUACAUCUGUCAUGGAUAACUCAACUGCAUUUGUCAUUGAUGGCUCAAAGAUACUAGUAACUCCACUUUCUUUAUCCUUGAUGCCACCUCCUAUGUACUUUUUUAACUUAGAAUUUCCUGCCGCUGUUAGGGAUAUGGCUGUGUGUUCUGAAGUUUCUAAAACUCUUCUAGCUGCAUCUCUGUCAGAUGGAAGUUUGUGUAUAGUAGAGUUUCCUUUGCUUGAUCAGUGGGAUGAGCUAGAAAGCAAGGAAUUUAAAGUUGAGGUUUUGUCAUCUGAUACUGGUUUUGGAUCUUUUAUACAUCUUGCGUGGUUGGAUUCACAUGUGCUUCUUAGUGUUUCCCAUUUUGGUCUCAGUCAUAGUAAUUUCACCAAAGGAAAAGAUUUUAACAAGGAUUGGCGUGCUGGAUAUUACCUGCUAGAAUUUCAGCUUACUUGUUCUGAGAAUCACAUUCCUGGCUCAAUGACAUGUUCAGGCUGGCAUGGGAAUGUUUCCAGUCAAAUCUAUCUUGAACGGGUAGUAAUUGGUAUAGCUCCUAAACCAUUUAAUAGGUAUUCAGCAUUUGUUCAAUUUGAUGGUGGAAAAGUAUUUGAAUAUAUAUCAAAAUUGGGCGCGAACAAAGAAGUUCCUCUUCAGAGAUGUGAUGACAUGGGUUUCUUAACAUCCUGCCCAUCGAUGGUCAUUGCUCCUAUUGGAGGCUAUGAUGAGCAAGAGAGAGAUUUGCUUUUUGGGCUUGAUGACAAUGGCAGGCUGCAUCUUAAGGGAAUGAUAUUGUGUAACAACUGUAGUAGUUUUUCAGUUUAUUCUAGUUCUGCUUGCAAAAGGAUUACACAUUUGGUACUUGCAACUAAACAGGAUCUAUUAUUUAUUGUUGACAUUGAUGAUAUUUUGCUCGGACAAUUAGAAGAGAAAUAUGAUAAUUUCCUUCCUGUUAUGAAGAAUAGUAAGGGUGCAAAUGAAAAAAAUUGUAUAUAUAUAUGGGAGAAGGGGGCGCAGGUUGUUGGAGUCCUUCAUGAAGAUGACUCUGCUAUCAUAAUGCAAACAACUAGAGGAAAUCUUGAAUGUGUCUAUCCAAGGAAAUUAGUCCUUGCUUCAAUUGUCAAUGCUCUGGUCCAAAGGCGUUUUAGAGAUGCAUUGCUCAUGGUACGGCGGCAUAGGAUAGAUUUUAAUGUAAUUGUCGACCAUUGUGGUUGGCAAGCCUUUCUUCAGUCAGUUGCAGAGUUCGUGAAAGAGGUUAAUAACCUGAACUAUAUAACUGAGUUUGCUUGUGCCGUGAAGAAUGAAGAUGUCAUGGAGACACUGUACAAAAAUUAUAUGUCCCUACCUUGCAUAAAGGAUGAUAAAUUUGUAGGACGUAGUGGACCUACGGGUUUGGAUGGUAGCAACAAAGUCUCUUCUGUCCUGAUGGCUAUACGUAAGGCUCUUGAAGAGAAAAUUGAGGAAAGUCCUGCAAGGGAGAUCUGUAUUUUGACUACUUUAGCUCGAACUGAUCCCCCAGCUCUGGAGGAAGCUUUGGGAAGAAUAAAGGUUAUCCGAGAUAGGGAGCUCUCUGUAACAGAUGAUACCCCGAGAGUGUCCUAUCCUUCUGCUGAGGAAUCUCUGAAGCAUCUAUUAUGGUUGGCUGACCCGGAUGCUGUCUUUGAAGCUGCUUUAGGACUUUAUGAUUUGAAUUUAGCAGCUAUUGUUGCAUUGAAUUCCCAAAAGGAUCCAAAAGAAUUUCUUCCAAUUCUCCAUGAAUUGGAAUGUAUGCCAACAGUUCUGAUGCAAUAUAACAUAGACCUUAAACUGCGAAGGUAUGAACAUGCUCUCAGGCACAUUAUAUCUGCAGGAGAUGCUUACUAUGAAGAUUCUAUUAACUUGAUGAAGAAUAAUCCCAAACUUUUUCCCUUGGGACUUCAGCUAAUUGGUGAUCCUCAGAGGAGAAGGAAAGUUCUUGAAGCAUGGGGAGAUCAUCUUAGUUCCACGAAGUGCUUUGAGGACGCUGCUUCCACUUAUUUGCGUUGUUUCUGUUUGGAAAAAGCUUUAAAGGCUUACCGUGCUUGUUUGAAUUGGAAGGGGGUUUUGACAAUUGCUGGUCUCAUUAAACUUGGAAAGGAUGAAAUUUUACAGCUGGCUCAUGAGCUCUGCGAGGAACUUCAGGCUCUUGGUAAACCAGGGGAUGCUGCCAAAAUAUCCCUGGAGUACUGCUGUGAUCUUAACAACACUAUUAGCCUAUUGGUCUGCGCAAGGGAUUGGGAGGAGGCUUUGAGGAUUUCUUUCUUGCACAGGAGAGACGAUCUUAUUUCAGAAGUGAAAAAUGCUUCUCUUGAGUGUGCAAGCACGCUUAUUUGUGAAUAUGAUGAAGGACUGGAGAAAGUUGGUAAAUACUUGACUCGAUAUCUAGCAGUUCGCCAAAGAAGAUUACUGCUUGCAGCAAAGAUUCAAUCGGACGAGAGAUCAGUUAGCGAACUUGAUGAUGAAAUCGCUUCGCAAGCUAGCAGUAGUUUCAGUGGAAUGAGUGCAUACACCACUGGGACAAGAAAAAGUUCAACGGCAUCUUUCAGCUCAAGCAUAUCUACCAAGGGCAGAGAUUACAGGCGUCAGCGAAAUAAAGGGAAAAUUCGUGCUGGAAGCCCUGGUGAGGAGAUGGCUUUGCUAGAGCAUACGAAGGGGAUGUCUCUGGCUGAUGGGGCAAAACGUGAACUUAAAUCUCUGUUGAUUUCCCUUCUGAUGCUUGGAGAGGAAGACACUGCUAGAAAAUUGCAGCAAGUUGGCUUAAACUUCCAACUGUCUCAAAUUGCAGCUGUAAAAUUAGCUGAGGAUGCAAUGUCCAGUGACCAAAUCGACGAGAGUGCAUUUUCCUUGGAAAAUUACAUUCAAAAAGAAAGAGACGGACUGCAUAAUUCAGAGGCAUUCUAUUGGAUGUCAAAGACACUGCUUUGACUUGAGAGUAAUGCUGGAUGGACAAAUUUCCUUUUCUUUCGGAUUAUAUAUUGACACAUCGCAAUGCUACUCGGAGUUUGUGGUGAGACGACUUGCUUUUGCAUUGCAUUGCAUUGAUGUUAUUAAUGCAUCGAUAUGAAACACUAUGUUUAUAGCUUCUCCAUUUAUGUAUUUUACUUCUCUAAUUAUAAUUGAAUGUUCUGUUAGAUUUCUAUGAACUCGGUGGUGAACUGAGAAAAAAGCAUAGGACAGUAAAACUCGUAUCUGUAAAUAAGGACUUCCAUAACUUUAUUAAAAUCAUUUUUGGAAUAACACAAGACCCACUUCUUGUUAA